AUGGAGUCGAGAUCGGGGCGUCGUCGCCUCCGUUCCUCCCCGACUGAGGACCGCAUCAGCGCCCUUCCCGACGACCUGCUCCUCUUCAUCCUCGCCCGCCUCCGAUGCAUCGCCACCGCCGUGCGCACCAGCGUCCUCUCCCGCCGCUGGAGCGGCAGCGGCGGCCUCUGGACCCGACUCCACGAGAUCGUCUUCCGCGACGUUCCCUUCCCCUCGCUCGAAGCGGCGCUCGGCCGCGUCGAUGCUCCCGCGGUAACCCUCCUGGAAAUCCGCGUCCCCAAUGUGCACCGGCCGGGCACCAAAACCCACGUCGGCAGCCUCGGUUUCAACUCGCUGCUGCGCGCUGCCGCGCGGCUCGCGCCGGAGGAGUUCGUCUUCCGCUUCCCGUUAGACUUAACCGAUCGUUCCCUCGUCGUCGACCUGCCUUGCUUCCAAAGCACCACCUCCAUCGUCCUGGUCCACUUUUUCCUCAUCCUCCGCGUGCCGGACGGCGUCGACUUCUCGGCGCUCGAGAGGCUGUCUCUGUCGGGCAGGCUGCCGGAUCUCGAACCCUGGCUCUCCUGCUGCCCACGCUUGCGGGCGCUCCGGCUGCUCAAAGUUGUCAACAAGGGCGAGCUGAGGGUCAGCUCGGCGUCGCUGCACGAGAUCUUCAUCGUCCAACUGUACCAAGGGAUGCACGGUAUCAACAUCGUCGCCCCCAUGCUCAAGCAAUUGACCAUGUCCUUUUUCUCCUUGGGUGUCAGCAUCUCCGUCUUGGCACCAAUGGUGGAGAAGGUCUCAUGGGACUGCAGGUACUACGAUCCGUCUAUUGUGUCUAUUGUGUUUGGUCUUUGGAGGCUAGAGCAGGUGACACUACAGAUGGGAGAGACACAAGGACAUGUCCCUACACUGAAGAUUUGUUCCCGCGCCGUGCGUCUCUUCUCCCCCUCAAUUAAUUUACUGCAGAAUUUUGAUCAAACUAAUUAA